GCGGGAGCAUCAUCUUCUUCCUCCGCCGUCUCAAAGUCCGGCUUCGAUCCCGCGACGGCGAUUUUCCGGACCGCCGAUUCUGUCGACUCCGCCGCCAUCGCUGACGGUUCCCGAUCGCGUCGUUUCUAUGGUUUGGCAGAACGUCGAUGAGCAGCAGUUGAUGGCGUCCGGUCGACGGUGCGACGGUAGAAGAACCGAGGAAGGAGGAGGAGGAGGAGGAGGAGGAGGAGGCAUGUGAUGUGAGGGAAGGAUGAGGAAUGAGAUACGGAAGCCAAGCCGUUGAUCGUGUUGAUAUGCGGGGAGCCUGGUGGGCGUGUGCUACCGCUGCGCCAACCGGAACGCGAGCCUCCUCUCCGCUCUCCCUCCUCUCCGACUUCCCCCUCGGAUGUGGGCUUGGGCCUCGGCCCUUUUUCGACGACCCUCUUCAUCGUCGUCUCGACCUGAUUCGAAACGGUCGCCCCGAUUCGCUCGCCGCGAACGCUCUGAUGCCGACUCGCGUGAAGGAUGGAUCAGCACAUUGAAGAAUCGGCUGAGUACGUCCACAUCAAUCAGAACGAGUUCGUCUACCGAAGGUAUACCUCUCUCUUCGAUGGCUCUCGUCCCUCCCCGUCAAUUCUACCCAUCGACGUUUCAUGGGAACCGCUUCAUUCUAUUCAGGAAAUCGAGCAUUUUAGCUCCUGCUAGAGGAAAGCCCGUUUCUUUAUUCAAUCCCAGCUUAAGCUUUAGUAGUAGCAAUGGUUGGUUAGAUAAAUGGAAUCAACCCAACAGGCAAAACAGCCCCAAACAGCCUCAGGCUACGAUGAAUUACAGAAAUAGCGGCGACGUUGGUGGCGGCGGUGGGUCCACGAUGCAGAGGAUUGUGGAGAAAUUGAAGAAAUUUGGAUAUAUGGAUGAUGGGUAUGAGAGGAGAGAGAGACCGCUGGAAAGAGUGGUGGAGAAAGGAUCUGAGGAGGAUAUCUUUUAUGUGGAGGAAGGAUUGUUGCCAAACACACGAGGCGGGUUUUCACCAGAGUCAAGAAUUGUGGAAGCAAAUGUGAUUGGGGAGGGCAGUGGAGCAAGGUUUCCAUGGGAGAAGCCAAAGGGGAAGGGAGAGGAAGAAGGGUGGUCGGCGAGGAGUAAGAGCAAGACGUCGGUGGCGGAAUUGACACUUCCAGAGCCGGAGCUAAGGAGGUUGAGGAACUUGACUUUUCAGACGAAGAGCAAGAUGAGGAUUAAGGGAGGUGGUGUUACGCAGGCAGUCGUGGACACGAUUCAUGAGAGGUGGAAGUCUUCAGAAAUUGUGAGGUUGAAAAUUGAGGGUUCGCCUGCACUUAACAUGAAGAGGACACACGAGAUAUUGAGGAAAACUGGUGGUCUGGUGGUAUGGAGGUCUGGAACGUCCAUUUCGUUGUAUAGAGGUGUGAGCUACAAAGACCCUUCAGUGCAACUGAAUAAACGAAUAUUUAGAAAAGAAGGGAGCUCAGCUACUUCAUCAACACCUGCUGAUACCAUUGGUAGGAAUCCUUCGCAAUAUGGAAUCAGUGAGGAUGCACAGGCAUCUGAAAUUGCGUCUGAGAAUAAGGAUACAGGAUCAACGCCAGAAGUUGAAUAUGAACAUGAAAUGGAUAAAUUGCUAGAUAGCCUGGGUCCUAGGUACAAAGACUGGCCAGGAUGCGAGCCCUUGCCUGUGGAUGCAGACAUGUUGCCUGGAACAAUUCCUGGUUACCAACCUCCUUUCAGAAUCCUUCCUUAUGGAGUACGAGCAACGAUUAGCCAAAAGGAGGCAACGGCUUUGAGAAGGCUUGCUAGAGUACUUCCUCCACAUUUUGCUUUAGGAAGAAGCAGGCAGCUCCAAGGUUUGGCUGUGGCCAUGAUCAAGCUAUGGGAAAAAAGUUCAAUUGCAAAGGUUGCACUUAAACGUGGCGUAAUGCUUACAACUAGUGAGAGGAUGGCAGAAGAUCUUAAGAAAUUGACAGGGGGGAUUCUGCUCUCGAGAAACAAGGACUUCUUGGUCUUCUAUCGAGGUAAAAAUUUUCUCUCACCAGAAGUCACUGAAGCAUUAUUGGAGAGGGAAAGACUAGCAAAGUCCCUUCAAGAUGAGGAGGAGCAGGCUCGCUUGAGGGCGUCAGCCUUGGUUGUCCCAACCAAUCAUAUGUAUGAGCAGCCUGGAAAUACUGGUACGCUUAUGGAGACUCUUGAUGCCAAUAAAAAGUGGGGAAAGAAGUUGGAUGAACAGCACAAAGAAAAUGUUAUGAUAGAAGCAGAAAUAACAAGGCAUGCAAGCCUUGUCAGGAAGCUCGAAAGAAAGCUUGAUUUUGCUGAGAAAAGGCUAUCUCGAGCCGAAAGAGCUUUGUCAAAGGUUGAGGAGUUCCUGAAACCGGCAGAACAGCAAGCAGACCCAGAAAGCAUCUCUGAUGAAGAGAGAUUCAUGUUCCGCAAGAUUGGCUUAAGGAUGAAAGCAUUUUUGCUUCUUGGAAGACGGGGAGUUUUUGAUGGUACAGUGGAGAACAUGCACUUGCACUGGAAGUAUCGAGAACUGGUGAAGAUCAUUGUGAAGGCAAAGACCUUUGACUCUGUUAAGAAAGUAGCAUUGGCUCUUGAAGCCGAGAGUGGUGGGAUCUUGGUUUCUGUAGACAAAGUCUCCAAAGGGUACGCCAUUGUGGUGUUCCGUGGAAAGGAUUAUAAGCGGCCUUCCACCUUGAGGCCGAAGAAUCUUUUGACAAAGAGGAAGGCUCUGGCUCGUUCUAUUGAGCUUCAAAGGCGUGAGGCAUUCCAAAAUCACGUGGCCAAUCUGCAGAAAAAGGUGGAGCAACUUCAAUCUGAAAUCGAACAAAUGGACCGCAUGAAAGAAAAACGCAACAAUGCUUUUUAUGACAGAUUAGAUUCUGCUUACCCCACUGAUGAGGAGGACAGUGAGGAGGAAGGAGAUGAGGCAUAUCUAGGGAUGUAUAACAGCGAAAAUGACGGUGGAGAUGAACCCAGCAAUCCGAGUUAUGAACUGCUCUCGCAAGCUGAUUUUUCAGAUGAUGAAGAAAAUGAGGAAUCUCAACCAGAUUCAGAAGACCUGACUGCACGUGCAUAUGCAGUAUCGAGCACCACCGUGGAUGCCACCAAUCACGAGAAAGAAAUUGGUCAUAAUUGGUCCUAGUUGCAGAACUGCACAGAAGAACGAACUUCAAGCAUUUUCUGGCAUAAACAUUGAAUGCUUGGACGAGAUUAUAGCUUAAGCACGAUAACGAUGGAAGCGCUUGUGGCUAUAGUUUUGCAGGUGUAAGAUGUCUUCUCCAUCUCCUGUACAGAAGGCGUGGGGUAUAAUCUGAACACGGUGGGUUUCACAUGGCUGACCAAUGUUCGACAAUUUGAUUAGAUGAGGCAGUGCCAUGCAAUGCGUGACUCUUUAACCUUUUCUGGUACGGUAUCACGCUUGCUACACUGUGGCCGGUUCAAAAGGGGACCCGACAGUCAGAAAUCCGAAUGCUUACUGGCAUAUAAAGUUCUUGGCAAGAUCAUGACUCAUUGGCGGAUGAUAGUUUUUUGUUUUUUCUUCUUUUUCUAUUUUGUUGGGACCAUCUUGAAUAACAUCGCCAAUGAUAUCAACGGAUAAAUUGACUCUUUAGUUAUUCAAAGGUUCCAAACCGUGCCUUAAUAUAUCUUCAUAUUCUAUCGGAGGGUCUUCUCUGUAA